CUCGGCGCCAGCGUCGACGGCGACCUUCUGCUGAAGGUCAUGGAUAACGCGGUGCGAAAAAAUUCGAAGCUCACGGUGGAGGUGAGCGACGAGCGCGUGUUCUGGCGCUCGGGCAAGAUGGCCGAUUCGAUCGAGUCGAAGUUUCUGUACACGCUCGACGGACAGAAGACGAUGUACGGAGCGAGAGACUACGCAGUCUACGUCGGGUUCAAUCGGGUUGUGGCCGGAAACUACCGAAACGGUUCGGGUCUGUGCAAGGCUACGGUAAUUCUGCAGCGAGAUGACGACGAAUGCAGUCUCGGAACACAUAAGUGCGACGCUAACGCCCUCUGUAAGAACACGAGGAAGAACUAUCGUUGCACGUGCUUUCCAGGAUUCAGAGGGAACGGUCUACAAUGCACGGACGAGAACGAGUGCAGCAUCCUGAAUGGAAACUGCGUUCACGAGUGCACGAAUCUAUCCGGCAACUACAGUUGCGCAUGCUACGAGGGAUUCGAGCUUCAUCCGGACCGGCAUAACUGCAUAGAUAUAAACGAGUGCCUGCGAAACAACGGUAACUGCGAGUAUGACUGCAUCAACACGAUGGGUCACUACGAGUGCGCAUGUCCGCCAGGUCACGAGCUCAACGACGACGGAAUAACUUGCUCAGUGAGCAAGUCCUGCACGGCAAAGUACGGCUGCGAUCACUUCUGCGAGGUCACCAACAGAGGGCCUCGCUGCGGCUGUCGCCCUGGUUACCGCAGCGUCAAUGGCGGCCGACGCUGCGUGCGCACGUGCGCCGUCGGCAAUGGCGGCUGCCAGCACGUGUGCGACGACUACGUCGGCAGCGGGCCGAAGUGCAGCUGCCGACCAAAGUACACGCUGGCGAUCGACAACAUGAGCUGCAUACCCACGUGUGGGAUCAACAAUGGCGGCUGCGAUCGCACAUGCACCGACACAGAGAACGGCCCCCGAUGCAGCUGCUCUUCCGGUUACGUGCUGCACUCUGACGGCAAGACUUGUCUCGACAUAGACGAGUGUAAGGUGAGAGAGAAUGGAAAAAAUGGAGGAUGCGAUCACAAGUGCCGAAACCUGAUGGGCAGCUACGAAUGCAUCUGUCCCAAAGGUUUCAAGAUGGAUCCGAGUAACCCGCACAGCUGCAUCGAUGUGAACGAGUGUGAGUAUAACGCAUCAUGCGACCACAUCUGCCACAACGUGCCGGGAAGCUACUUCUGCGAGUGUAAGACGGGCUACAUACAAUACGCAUUCUCCCACUGCGGGGAGAUCGACGAGUGUCGAGUGAAUAAUGGCGGCUGCCAGCACUACUGCGACAACGCUGUCGGCUCCUACACGUGUUCGUGUCGUGACGGCUUCCUACUGCACGAGAACGGCAAGGACUGCAUCGAGCUCGACGAAUGCUUGCCGCUGCGCACCCCGGCCAAGGCCGUACUGAAGUGCCACAGCGAGGGCGAGGACGAGGUGUGUCUGCUUGAGUGCCAGCAGGGGGCGGUGUUCUCCUCCCGACCGAAGCACUCGUUCAGCUUCCGCUGCGGACAGUCGACCGACUUCCGGUGGAGCCACGGCGACGAACCGCUUCCGGACUGCUCCGCGGGAGUGUGCCGGUCUCAACUCACGACUGGCACUACUUUUUCAGAGGGCGCCUCGCUGCCAAGCUUCGUGCGCCGGGCCCGAUUCCGAUUCGCCGCAGCCGAGUGUCACCUACAGGCGACGACGCAACACAACUUCGAGAGCGCGCUGCGAAGGACUCUUCAAGAGCAGCGGGGCCACGCCUGCACCGACCUGUGUCAGCUAAACUACGUGCGCCUCGACUGCGACCAGCAGCGAAGGACGGCCGGCGGCCGACGACGCAUGCGCACGGCAGGUGGCGCCACCGAGCGACAGCAGCCGCUAGGGGUCGUCAUCAACGCCGAGUUCGAGGUGGAAGUGAAGCCAAGAGACAUGACGAGCGUGUGUCCGGCUGGUCAUAUCUCGGCGGACGGAUUCGAACCUUGUCAGCCGUGUACUAACGGCACCUACCAGGACACGCCGGGCCGCACUCACUGCUACCCGUGCGGCGAGAUGCUGCAAACGAACACCACGGCCGCGCCCAGCUACGCUUACUGUAUCAUACCAGUGCGGUGCAGGGCAGGCACCUACUACAGUACUGAGACUCGCACCUGCGCACCGUGUCCCGUCGGCAGCUACCAGGCGGACAAGGGCAAGAGCUUCUGCUGGCCUUGUCCGGCCAACACGACCACCGACACCGCCGAGUCGGAAUCCAUAGAGAGCUGCAAGACGCCUCUAUAUGUCUCGCACAGCGCCCUCUAUACACCUACCUGCGCUUCUCAGACAGCAUGUCUCCGGCAGCUGGUCGGCAGCGAACUGGAUUGUCAGGCGGCACUGACGAUAGGAAAUACGGCGCCGCCCUUCUGCCGGUGCCACCUGCGCAGGCGUGCACUCGUGUUGCUGCAGGUAGUUCCGCGGGUAUUGGAGACUCAAAGAAGUCGCGAGUGCCACGUUGAUGCGGCCGCUCACGCAGAGGAGUACCACGACCUGAUAGAGGACAUCGUGCAGGACGGCCGGCUGUACGAGUCGACCAACCACCAGGCGAUCUUCCAGGAUCGCACGCUGCUGUCGAUCCUGCUCGACGUCAUGGCGCAGCCGUACAACUACUACAAGUACGUCAACGCCAUCGAGUCGAUGUUCCCGUCGUCCUUCAUCAAGCUGCUCACGCCCAAGGUGCAGCGAUUCUUCUCCGGCUAGAGGGAGCCACCGGUGUGCAUCUGCGUCUACCGCACACGUCGCAGGUAGAGGGCGCUGGUGCGUCCCAGCACCGUGCGCUUCGCAGAUAGAGGGCGCCAGUGCGGUUCCGACCCACGCACAUUGCGGGUAGAGGGCGCAGCCGCGUAUCUGCUCCACUGAGGGCGAGUGAUGGGCCGCGAGAGAUGCCAGCUUAACAUCGGUGCUACCGGCGCCACCUACAGGGGAAAUGUCAGAGGAAGCACGAGUGACAUUUCGUGCGUCGUGGACUCGCGUGUGAAAGAACGACGGGCCGUGCGAACAUCAACAGAUGUAGUUGUCGCUGCGACAAGAGAAGACCGAACUGAGAGAGAACCGACGGUACUGCACUGUACGAACACAGGUGUGUAGGCAGUUGUUAUUGGCAGCCUGUGCUCGCAGGGUGGUUGGAGGAACUAGAGCAGCAAGACGAGACGCCGCAUGGAGAGACUCAAGAAAGCCGCCUGUUAUUUGAUCGGCAAUAAUAUCGAGAGGUAUCCCGCGAACGAUCGUGGAUGGGUAGGUGACCGGCGCGGUCCGCAGAGAAACACAUUUUUUAACUUCCCAUUUGUUUUAUAGUUACGAUUCUAUCGCGCAAGGUGGCAAUAUUUUGUAGAGGAUUGGACAAGGAUACGGUGCCAUACUCUCCAAUAACGUGCUAGUAUUGUGAGCAGGAUGGAGCAAUGAUACGAUACUUUCCUUGGAGGUGCUAGUACCCUUAAGGCAGUGUUUCUCAAACUGUGAGUCGCGACCGCUUGGAAGGUAGUGAGGGGGUUUUCAUGAGUGUCACGAGGUGUCUGUGCUGAACUAGGAUACUUUUCUUAGUUCUAUCAGUCAGAUAGUGCAGGGUGUGGCACUUGCUGGCUAUUGGGUGCAAAACCAUAUCAGUAAAGCAUAGACUGCAGUUAAAAUCGCGAACACCCAAACGAAUUUUGUACGCGAUUUCUCCCGGGCAAGCGAAACAGGACGCCCUUGUCCGGUCUGCAUGCAAGGACCGUGUUUCAUGCGUUUGUACCAUUCUUGUGAUACUCCAGUCAAGUGUGCACACACGAAAGUUUGAUAGCAAUAAUUAAACUCGCUUACGACAAGUUUUCAUUUGUCCGUUUGUAGAGGAAUGGGCAGGAAAUUUAGCAUUUGAAACGGUCUGUAGCCUAGCAUGCGAAAUAUCUCAUUACUUCACACUAUUCUCUGAAAUUUUACUGGGUAGCAUGCCACCGGACCACCGACCACUAGCAAAGGGUACGUACAAAAGUUUGAAAGCACCAAUUUACGGAUGUGCGCUUUUUAAUAUUUUAUUUAGUUUACCUGGAAAUGACACCUGGAAUGCAGGACGUUGACAUUUUCUAUGAACAAUUUUUCCGAUGAAGCAUAUGGCUCCAUUACCAAAGGGGCUGCCAAGUCACAAAGGUGACAUGAUCAAGAAAAAGGGCCCAUCGACAAAAUUUUGAUGAGAAAUACUGAUGUAGGUAUUAGCUGGAGCCGUGAGGAUAUUGCACCUUCAAUUUCUCACUGUGUAUGCGUAAUAAGAAGAGGGUCCAAUAUGACGUCGUCGUUCGGGAGUAAUAAUUUAUAAUCACGUACCGUGUGUAAUUGUCACUGUAACAUUUAAUUGGUGUGGUGUGCGUGUAUGCGUGCGGGUGUCUUUACGGCGAAGAUGAACAAUGUUAAUACAGGCAAAAUAAAUCCUGGUGUAAUUCGCGUCUCA